AUGAAUUCGGGCUAUAUCAGUGUUGACUAUAAGAUCCAGCGUUCCUACCUCUUUGCGGUGGUAGCCAAUGUCGGCCCUGGCAGCGCCAGUCGCACCCUCUCCGUGGCCUACCGCCAGCACCCUGAGAAAUAUAACGCAAGAGGAUCAGGGACACGAGUGGAGCACAUGGUGGCCGACACCCUCGCGCUGAUCGCGAUUCUCUCAGAUCAUGCCAACCGCGCUCCGCUUGAGGCGGAGAAGGCGAUCGCGGAGGACUGGUAUCGUCGCUCUCAUGAGCCUCCUAUUAAUGAGCGACCCAGUGUGCCUGAUCGCCCGCAGCCCCUUUAUGUGCCCCCGAGAAAGCGUCGGCUGCGCGUGGAACCACUAACAGCACUGCCAUGGCAGGAUGAGGCAGUCCGCACGUUUCCCUUCACUGCGACGUGCGUACUACUGGCGUUGCAACGGGGCGACCACAGAUACUGGACCCGCAUCGGCGACGUCCAGUUCCAGCCGCUGUCCACGUUAUUUCGGGGCGACUGCAAAGAGUAUGGUCUCAUCGUGCUAGAUAUCUCUGAUCUAAAUAGCGGUGUUAACUUUCGUGGCACAGCGACACGGGGGGGGUGGGAUCCUGUCGAAGACCCUCCACCAGCCCAGGAGCCGGAUGUGGUCCUGGAAUUUCCGCGGCCUCGAGAGCUGCUAUCGAUUGUUCAGUGGAUAGGGGAGUAUUACCACUGGUCGGAUCUGAAGCUGCUACCAAUCGUCGAACAACUGGAGCUGAGGCCGCUAGCGGGUGCGACCUCCUUGGAUUCAGACAUUCGACCUCCUAAGUCUACUGUCAAGCCGCCAGACUAUAUGGUCGGCUACACUAUAACAGACGACCGGCCGCCUGAUACAAAAGAGACAUCAACACCAUCCUCUAGCAGGACCACACUGACUGAGCCACCACCACCAGUCCCAGCAGACAUCGACCGUGCGAUUGACGAUCUGCUCGAUUUCACCCAGGAACCCACCCCCGGACCCCUCCGGAAGAGAGAAAAGUCUGUGGUUAACAUUCAACUCAUAUCCCAGUUCCGUUGGAGACUGCAGCAGAGACUUGAAGAGGAACCCUACAGGCUUGGCCCCUUUAUGUUUUCCAGCCAGAUCCUGCGUGUUGCAUAUGCGGCUUGUCAGCACCUCAACUGGGUGGUAUUUAACCUAUCGCCUUAUAUAAUUACCGCUGCUAUAAGAUCAGAUGAGCUUCGGGCUGCGUCUGCACUGAGUAUCUGUGUUGACCAGCCCCGAUUCGCAGAGUCGGGCUUCGGUGAUCUUGCAGCAGCCCUGGCACAGUUGUCAUACCUUAAACAAGUCUGCCUUGUACAUCGGCUGGACCGUACGAAAGACGAUAUAUCAGCUCGCUUCCACUCACAAAUACUAAAACAAUGGGAGAAUGACUCCAACCACACCAUGAAGUCGAAGACCAUCUAUUCGACCUCCGCCUUCCUAACUGGUUUACGCAGUCGCGAAGAUCUUUCUUCGUUCCCGACGAAUAGUUCCAGUCACACCUCAUCCACUCCCACGGUCUUUCCUACGAUACACCUCUUCAUGUUUGACAGCACGAACGGUUCCAGCACUGGAUAUACUAGCUACUACUCUAUGGAAAAUACCAUGUUAACCGCGGGGGGACUUCGCCAUCCGAUUCCUCGGAUACCUUCGAGCCCUGGGCCCAGAAAUGCAACCUGA